UAAAAUCUCCGUCAGGACUUUCUCGCGGUGCCCAAGUCGGCGACGGUUGGGUUUGAGCUUAUUUAUAUUCAGAAAACAAAAAAAUUUUAAGAACAGCACAACAACAUCAUUAACCAAUGAAUUUUCCAAUUAAAUAACAUAAAUUAUUCAAUACUCAACGACUUUUAAUUAUUAAAAUAGUGAUAUCCACUUAUUUUAUACUCAAAAUACAAAGUGUUGAUUCUAUUGUAGAGAAGAUAAAAAAUGGCACCACCAAAAGUGAUAAAUAAUCAAAAUAAACCUGUUAGCGUGGGUAUUACAGUUAAAAAAGGUAUUACUACAAGAAAUCAAAAAGCAGCAGAUCAGCUCAACAUCAAACCACACAUGCCCGUUAAAGAUUUAAGGGUUAAACGAAAAGCAGACGCAUCUCCUCUCAAAGACAAAAUAACUAAAAGAUCAGCUCUAGGCAACAUCACUAAUGCUAUUGGGAAAUCAUUGGGUGUUCAAUUACCAGAAACUAAAAGAGCAGUCAAGAAAUCACAAGUAAAACCUAUUACUUCGGUGUACACUCUUAGGAAUAACGAAAAAGCGACAGUAAAACCCAAUAAUGUCACGAGUUCAAAAUUAAAACCUGCCGGCAAAGUCACAAAAAUAACGAAAAAAAUAGAAGAAAAGAAAAACGUAUCGCAAAAAAGCUCAAAUCAAAAACCAAGUGAUGUAGAAAAAUCUGACGAAAGUUCUCUUUAUGUUAGCGCACUAGAGGACUUAUCCCACGAUAGUGCAAAAAAAAUUAGAAUAAUUAACGAAAAAAUCGAAGAAGAAGAAGCCACAGCAGUUGAAAAACUUGAUAAGUCUAAAAAAAAUUCAACUAAUGCUCAAACUUUGCCACUUGCUGAACAUUUAGAUAAUACACCAAUCCGAGAAUUACCUGCUGGUGUUUUGUGGGAUUUUGAUGUUGAAAAUUGGCGCGAUCCUUACCAAGUAUCCCAUUAUGCAAUGGAAAUAUUUGAGUAUCUCAAAAGCCGAGAAACUAAGUUCUCUAUUGGUGAUUACAUGGAAAAACAAGUAUGUCUUUCACGGUGGAUGAGAUCUUUAUUAGUUGAUUGGAUGGUUGAAGUUCAAGAAUCAUUUGAAUUGAAUCAUGAAACUUUGUAUCUAGCUGUUAAAUUGGUCGAUUUAUACUUAACUAAAGUGACUGUGGGAAAAGAGACUCUACAGCUCUUAGGAGCUGCUAGUUUAUUUAUAGCUAGUAAAUUUGACGAAAGAAUUCCUCCGAUGGUUGAGGAUUUUCUAUACAUAUGUGAUGGUGCUUACAGCCAACGUGAGCUCACUAGAAUGGAAAUGAAUGUACUAAAGAUCGUUGAUUUUGACUUAGGAAUCCCAUUGUCUUACCGAUUUCUCCGACGUUAUGCAAGGUGCAUAAAAGUAUCAAUGCCAACUUUAACCCUCGCUCGUUACAUUUUGGAGUAUUCAUUAAUGGAUUAUGCAACAAUAACGUUUAGUGAUAGUAAAAUAGCCGCUGCUGCUCUUUUCCUUGCUCUUCAAAUGAAAGAUCUUGGUGGAUGGACUCCAACUUUAGAAUAUUAUACUGGGUAUAAAGUUGAUGACAUUAAAAAUAUAGUCAAUGUACUAAAUCAAGGCCUUCAUCGAAAAUACAAGGAUGCUUUAGCUACUGUUCGCAAUAAAUACAGUCAUAAGAUAUUCUUCGAAGUUGCUAAAAUACCAUUAAAAGAUAACUUGGACUUAUAGUGAAUCGUCAAACUAUUAAUAAUAAUUUUAAAACUUUUUAGUUAUUUAAGAAAUUGCGUUCUGCAGUUUGUAUGAUCAAUUAUCUAUUAAUUUUUAUAAAGUAUUGCAUUAUUUUAAAAAAAAAGUCUGAAUCAACACCUAAAGCUAUUCAAAAAAUUUUAAAUACGAAAAUUAAUAACAUGCCAAAUUAUACAACGUACGAUGGUAAUUUUGAAAAAUAAAAAAAAAUUACAGUUUGAUAGAAAAUUGAUUUUGAUAUUCACACAAUUGUAGGAAAUUUAAAUUUAUAGUUAUUUUCGCUGUUUAUAAUAUAUAUAUAUAUUUUUUUUUAUUAAAGUAAUUGUAAAAAAGUUCAUUUCUAUCAUUUUAUUUAUUUUACGGAGAAAUUU